GGAACAUUUACUGCAAGUGUAUAUGUGAAAAGCGUUCACGUGUACUUAGUUUUAUAUUGUUUUGUGUUGUGUUUGCGUACGGGAAUUGCAUUCGUUGGGCAUAAUUUACGGAGUAUGAAUAAUAAUCGCGUUAAAGCUGUGUUGACUCGAGUGGAAGGCUUGAUCGUAAGGGUGGUGAUUCGUGACAGAGUUAGUUCGAGUUCCUCCUCACAGCCUGACGCUUUGCCACUUAAACUUUGGUCACUUCUGCAGUUUUGUACGGAGAUUUGGAGAUUUGGAUCACGGCUUCUUUAAUCCUUCGCUGCCUUGUGUGUGGUCGCUGGUGUCUGUCACCCGCGGCAUUCGUCAGCCACGCCCCUUCCCUCGUUCUUCGGAAGGAUUCCGAGCGAGUUGGCCCGUAUCUACUGGGAACGGUGCAGUUUGUGGCGUGCGAGAUCCGUUGACGUCCCGGAUUCUCGGAGGCUACCACCCUUAGUAUUCCAGUGUUAUUUUGGAUUGCCUGCUGGCAUUGCAGCUUGACCCAGUUGACCUGCUCAUCGGCGUCAGUGAGUUCUUGGAACUCGUGGAGACAAGUAGGGCGGCUUUCUACAGGUAUGAGAUGUUUUUAUAACUAUUAAGACGAUCGUGGAUCGCUGGGUACCUGUAGAUUUGCACGCCCUUGUUUGCAGUACGGUCUUCUGGAUCUUGUAUGACCUGAGAAGAUGAUUCACUAAGCCUUUCGUGAUUAUUCCUUUCAAUCAAUUUGUAAGGUUAUUUUUUGUAAUGUAUUGUUUAUUAACUUAAGUUAGUUUGUAUGUAUUAGGUAGAAAUAAUUUUAAGUUUCCCCUCUUAUUUUCUCUUGCUUCCUUCUGCCUUACUUAUUUUCUUAGGUUAGUUUUGUCUGGCCAGUUAUUUGGAAGGUACCUGCCUGAAGUUUCAUAUUUAUUAUUUCCUAUUUCUUAUCGUAGGGUUUAAUUUAGCUGUAGGUGAUCUUUUAAAGAUCUUAAGGUUGGUUUUCCCUUAAUUUAUACAUUCAUUUAUUUUGGUUUUUAUUGUUACCAACCAUUACCUCUUUUUGUGUGUUUGUAAAUAAAUAUUGUAACUUUUGUUGAGGUGUUUGUUCUAUUGUUCCUAAGUUGCUGUGUUACAUUUUCACUGACCGCAAAUUCUGAGUAGAGACAAGAACCCUUGAAAUUACGGCCGUAAAUAAGGUCGUAACAAUCUGGCGACCGUGACAGGAUUUGCGCUCAGGUGUACACAGUAAUUGGGACUUUGGAACGCUCCUCAGUGGGGGUUAUAGUAUUUAUUUUUGGAAAUACCUUUCUCUCUUACCACUAUGGAUAAUUUGGAAGACUUUGAGUUUAGUCCUGCAGAGUUUUUAGGGUCUGCCGACUGUAUUAGGCAUUUACCAGUACUAGGUAAGGAGUAUCUUGUUAGUUGUGCUAGGUGGUUAGGUAUUCCGUUCAAAAUGACGGAUACCAAGAGGAAGUUAUUGAUAAUGGUGAAGAACAGUGUUGUGCAAGGUUUGGCUGAAGCUGAAGGGUUAGUUGGGGAAAAUAUUAGUGAUAGAGAUAGUGAAUUAGGGAAUGAUGAUAGGUUAGUUAUAGAUGAUAAUGGAAUUAGUGGUGGUGCAGGUUUUUCGUUAUUUGAUGAUCCUCCUCAGACUGGAGUCAUUUAUGAAUGUCCGGCCAAUUUGCCUCCAAGAGGAAAUAUUACCACAAACCCCUUCUUAACUGAAGAGAAUUUAGUGCCAACAGUUCCUACAGUUCCUGUAAAUUCUGAUUCAAAGGAAAUUCAGGAAUAUGACUUAAUUUGUAAAAAGAUAGAGUUGUUGAAAUUGGAACAUGCGGAGAACGAGAGGGUGAGGAGGCAUGAGAUAGAGAUGGCCAACCUUAAUUUGGAAAUGGCUAGGUUACAGGGGGCCCCUAACCAAUUUAGCACCCCACGAGGUAGUCAGCCUGACAGGUUUAAUAUUGGUGCUGCAUUAAAAUUGGUCCCCAUUUUUGAUGAAAGGAAAGUUCCUGAAUUCUUCAAGGCCUUUGAGAGGGUGUCUGCUCGGUUGUCUUGGCCACCAGAGAUGUGGACAGUGCUGAUUCAGUGUAAAUUGGUGGGCAAGGCAAUCCGGGUAUAUAAUGCCUUGGAGGAAGGGAUAGCCAGGGAUUAUCACAAGGUAAAGGCACUAAUUUUAAAAGCAUAUGAUUUGGUCCCUGAGGCAUACAGGUUGAAGUUUAGGAACUUUAAUAAACAGCCAUCCUUGUCGUAUGUAGAAUUUGCCAGAUUCAAGGAGGAACAGUUUGACGACUGGUUGAAAAGUCGUCAAGUUGUCACUUUUUCUUCCUUGAGAGAACUCAUGCUUUUGGAGGAGUUUAAGAAAUCUUGCUCCAAAGAACUAAGAAUUUAUUUGGAAGAAGUAAAGGUCACUAAUUUAGGUAGGGCAGCUCAAGUGGCUGACGAAUUCGUCUUGACCCAUAGAACAGGUUCAGGCAAUUUCGCCAGCAAGGAUAUAAGUAAUAAUGUAGUAAAGUCAGCGAAUUUUCAUAAAGGAAUAAGAGGUGAUAAUAAUAAGCCUAAGAAUUCUGUCGUUCAGAAUAAUUUCCCCGUUAGUAAGAAUGGAAAAUUCACGAGUAAACCUGGUACUCGUGUAUUUUCCAAUGGAGGUAAUUCUGGAACGAGAAAUAGUAAUAUGAAGACUUGUUUCUGGUGUAAUAAACCCGGUCAUUUCCAAGCUCAGUGUCACGCCAGAACAAAUUAUCUUCAAAGGAAUAAUCCUGUGGCUUUAAUGCCAAGUGCAUCUCCUGACGUAAAAUUACCAAUAACAAAUAGUGGUAGUGGUGGUAAUAGUACGCCCGGAGAUGGAAAUAAUAAUCCACAGGAAUGACUAAAAUAUGAUAAAUACAUAUGGCCUGGUAAAGUAAUUUAUAAUUCCGUCAUUAUUGAUGUUAGGUUUUUGAGAGAUACAGGGUCUGCUCGGUCGUUAGUGCUGGAAAGCAGUUUAAAAGGUUUGGUGAAGUAUUCAGGGAACUUUAUUGUUCUGGGAGGUUUCCCGAACACAAUAGUUUCAGCUCCUUUAGUAGAGGUAAUGUUGUCAUUCCCUGGGUAUUAUGGAAAGACCGAGUUGGCCGUUGUUGAGAGUCUUCCUAUAGCUGGUAUUGAUGGCAUUUUAGGAAAUGAUAUGAUUAAUAGUGAUGGCCAGGAAUUAUUCCCAAUAUUGUCAAUCAAUAAGUGUCCAGUAGCGGUUACCACUAGAGCUGCCGCAAGGGCUGCAGACUUAUUAAAUAAUGAUGAAGAGUUAAAUUUGAGUAGUUUAGAGGUAGACGUAGAUGUAGGUAGACCCGGGUCAGUAGUAAGUAGUGUAGUGAGUAGUGAUAAUGUAAUUCCCGAUUGGGAUCGAGCAGCUUUUAUUGAAGCCCAGAAGAGAGAGUUUAAUUUUGAUUUAGGUGAUACUUCUGACUUGACGAAGCCUCGAUUCUGGGUAAAAAGGGGCAUAUUAUAUAGGUUGAGUCGUCCCCUGGUUGCUAAUGAUCCCCAAAUGUCCCGUAUUGAGCAAAUAGUGGUGCCUUCUCAAUUUCAGAGACAAAUAUUAAAUUUAUCUCAUGAUGAUUCCUUCUCUGGUCAUUUUGGUGUCUGGAAGACGUUCCGUAGGUUGGCUAAAUGUUUUUGGUGGCCAGGAAUGAAAUCGUCAGUAAAACGAUAUGUGAAAGAAUGUCCAGUGUGCCAAGUGGUAGGUAAACCUAAUCAGACAAUUGUAAAAGCACCUUUAUAUCCCAUACCAGCUAUUGGGGAGCC